GAAAAGGAAGAGGGCCCGGAACCGAGCUACCGGCAGGCAUCUAGUAAAGGCGGCCUUCUGUUCCCGCUGUUUCUCCAACUAAACGAGCGCUAGCGAGAUCUCGGUAGCGCUUGUUUGGUCGGCUUGGCGUCGCAAAAUGUUGGGCAGUUUAGCACUGUGAAAUUAACUUGCUACAAACUUUGAGGAACAAAAGCUGCUCGAUUAAAGCUUCGCCUUCACGGCGAUCAUCCCUGUCAUCGUCCGAACGCACUGGGUGGGUUUUCUGUACAGAGACCAUGCCGAAACGCAAGAAAACCGAUGAUGACCGCGCUGAUGACAGGAAACGUAGCAGAAUUCUUGAUUUGCCUGAAAUGCUCCAGUCACUGUAUGGUGCCUUGCAAAACUGCAAGGCAGAAGAUGGCCAUCUUCUCUGCGAAAACUUUAUUCGCACUCCAAAGAAAAGAAGCCAGGCAGAUUAUUAUGAACUGGUGACCAACCCAAUGGAUAUGCUGCGGAUUAACCAGAAGAUCAAGGCUGAAGAGUACACCGACCUGGAACAGAUGACUAAUGACGUUGCUCUCCUGGUGUCCAACGCAAAAACAUACUAUAAGGAAGACACUCAAGCGCAUCGCGAUGCUUGUGAACUGUGGCAGGGGUUCGAGUCUGCGAAGGCUGCCCUGCUGGCUGCCAAUUCCAAGGCAGAAGAGCAGGAUGAUGAGGACAUGGAGAAGGAGCCGCAGACACCCACAGCAGGCCAGGCUGAGUCGUCAGAAGAAGAUCAUUACGAGGAGCUCUUCACUUCAGUGAUGACAGCCACGGAUGCCGAGGGUCGCUGCAUCAGCUCCAUGUUUCAACUGCUGCCAUCUAGAUCGUUGUACCCGGAGUAUUACAAGAUAAUCACCGACCCGGUGGAUUUGAAGAUAAUAGCGACACGCAUCCAGGAGGGCACUUACACCUCGUUGGCUGAACUGGAACGCGACCUGAUGCUUCUCGUCAAGAAUGCUAGAACUUUCAACGAGCCUGGCUCGCUAAUAUACAAGGAUGCAACUGCAAUGAAGAAAGUGAUACGAAUGAAGAAGGCAGAGAUCGACCAGAGGAAAAAUGCACCUGGAAAGUGCAGCGAGAGAAUACGGUCACGCCGUCUCAUGAGCCACCAAAAGCUGUCGGCCAUCACAGCAGCGUUGAAAUACGAGGAUGCCGACCCACUUGUGGGAAAGCCAGAGGUAGUCCUACCUGCUGCUGAGGGGGAUGCUGUUGCAGUAGCAGCAGUAGCAGCAGUAGCAGCAGCCAGUUCAGCUGCAGAAGAAAGCGACAAUGAUUCAAACUCUGAGGACCCUGUCAACAGCCCCAUGUGGCAGCUGCUGGAGGGCGUUCGCAACUACCAGUGCCAAGGCUACUUCCUCGCUGAGCCAUUCGUCAAGCUGCCAUCCAAAAAGCUGUACCCGGACUACUACAGAGAAAUUAAGCAGCCAAUAUCUCUCAACAAGAUUGCAGGAAAAAUAAAGUCUGAAGGCUACACAAGUAUGGUGGAGGUAGUGGAUGAUUUCAACCUCCUUUUUGAAAAUGCCAAGAAGUACAACCGUCCUGAUUCAAAAAUAUUCAAGGAUGCCACCAGGCUGCAGAAAGUCAUGCAGGCAAAAGCAAGGGAACUUAUCAACAUACAUAUGAAGGACUCGGACAGUGAGGGUGGUGAUGCCGACAGUGAGAAAGCUCGUCGCAAGUCAAAGAAGGUUGCGACCCCACCAUGCACUACACCUUUAAAAGGCCGGCCUCCUGGAUCCACAGAGUCCACACUAAAGAAGCGGCUUAAGGUUCUUAUCCGAACACUGCUCAACUACACUGAUGAAGUGGGUCGUCCGCUAAUUUCCAUCUUCAUGGAGAAGCCCUCACGUAAGGACUACCCUGACUACUAUGAGGUCAUUACGAACCCCAUCGACAUGAAGACAAUUCAUGAGAAUGUCAAGAACAACAAAUAUUCAUCUGAGGAUGCCAUGGUGUCUGACGUGAAGCUGAUGUUCUCCAACUGCCGGAUGUACAACGAAGAAGGCUCCCAGAUCUACCGCGAUGCUGACACUCUGGAACGUGCUCUUCUUGACAAAAUCCACGAGCUGGGUUCCUUGUAUGACUCACUGCCACCUCGCAGCAUGCCACGACCAAGACGGAACAAGAGCCGCAACCACAAGCUUCGUGUGCUUUAUGAUACCAUUAAGGACUAUACAGAUGCCAAGGGCCGCAAGUUAUCAACAAUUUUUAUGAAGCUGCCCUCUCGGUCGGAGUAUCCGGAUUACUAUGAGGUGAUCAAGAAGCCCAUUGACAUGGAGAGGAUAGCCGCUCGCCUCCUUAAGUACAACCAGUACGAGUCCAUGGAUGAUCUCCUGGCCGAUUUUGUGCUGCUCUUUGACAACGCUUGCAAGUACAACGAGCCAGACUCGCAGAUCUACAAGGACGCGCUGAUCUUGCAGAGGAUAGCCCUGCAGACGAAGAUGGAGCUGAGCAGUGAGGAGCUGGAAGACGGUGGAGUGCCUGAUGUCCGGGGCCUCGUCCAAGAGCUGCUGACCAACUUGUUCAUCUCAGUCUACAAUCACCAGGACGAAGAAGGGCGCUGCUACAGCGAUUCCUUGGUCGAACUGUCAGAGUCUGCUGCUGAAUCAGGGCAGCAGGUCGGCAUUGACGGCUCAGAGGAUAGGAGGAUCCUGACACUGGAUCUCAUAAAGCGAAAAUUAGACAGGGGUUGCUACUUGCGCCUGGACCGUUUUCAAGAGGAUGUUUUUGAUGUAUUUGACCGAGCUCGACGCACGAGCCGCACCGACUCCCAGGCAUUUGAGGAUUCUGUCGAACUGCAGUCCUAUUUCAUUCGCCUUCGGGAUGAGUUGUGUGGCCAGGGAGACAUCUUGCAGAGUCCAGCUCUCAACUACAACCAGCAAGAACUGAUGGAAAGUGUAGACUUGCUGCGUGCUCAGAAGUUGCCCCAGGAACAGCAGGAGGCAGCAGCAGAGGCCGACGCAGAGAGGAAGAGUCAGGAGGGACGCAAGGAGGAAGAGAAGAGCAAUGAGAUGUCCUCAUCAGACAGCACGGAACACAAAGGGAUAGUCAUUCAUGUUGGUGACUUUGUCUACAUUGAGCCAAGUGAAAAGGGAAUGCAGCCUCACAUCACAAAUGUUGACCGCCUCUGGAGGGAUAAAAGUGGAGAGCAGUGGCUCUAUGGCUGCUGGUUUUAUCGACCAAAUGAAACAUUCCAUUUGGCCUCAAGAAAAUUUUUACAAAAGGAAGUGUUCAAGAGCGACAAUUACAACUCCAUCCCAGUGAACCAGGUUUUGGGCAAGUGCUAUGUUAUGCCAGUGAAGGACUACUUCAAAAGUAAACCAGAGGGAUUUGAUGACAAGGAUGUCUACGUGUGUGAGUCACGCUACUCUGCAAAGGCCAAGGCAUUCAAGAAGAUAAAGGCUUUCAAUCGUGUGCCUCAUAAUCAUCUAAACGUGAAGAUAUGGAACUUUGUUCCGAAUGAGCACACAAAGCUGGUGCCCAGAGAAGAGGUCUUGUCAGCUGUACGUGUGCCAUCUGUGUUUAAGGACGGCGUUGAACGGUCUGCAGACAACAAUAGCAAUUCCAUGUGCUUCGCCCUUGAAGAGGAAUUUAAAGUUGUUGAUCGGCCUCGUCCGAAUGUUACAAUAAGUGCUCCAAAUGAAGAGGAAAAUGUGACAUAUUAUGAGCAGCUCAAUCUUCCUUCUGGGGUGUUUAAGUUGGGUGACUGCUGCUAUGUUCGCACAGAACACUCAAAAACACUUAUCGGUCGCAUUGACAAAAUGUGGAUGGACAGAGAGGGAAAUGGCUUCUUCCAUGGACCGUGGUUUGUGUUGCCGAGUGAGAUCCAACACCCACCAUCACGGGUAUUCUACCGCCAGGAGGUGUUUCUCAGCUCUAUUGAAGACACCAAUCCUCUGCUCAGCAUCAUUGGCCGCUGCAGCGUGCUUGACUGCAAGGAGUACACCACCUGCCGGCUGACCGAAAUCAAUGAAACUGACGUGUACAUUUGUGAAUCUCGCUAUCUUGAAGCCGAGCGACAGAUUCGAAAGUUGCCAAAAGGUCUCAAGAAAUUUGCACACUCUGAAGUGGCAACACCGGAUGAGGUGUACUACUUCAAGAAUCCCAUCACCCCUCAAAAGUGUGACGCUGGCCUCGCUGAUGGUGCUGACAUGCAGCCAACGGGAGACGAGAUGUCCCCAAUGCCUUCCCGGGUUAUGUCUGAGACAGACAAUGAAGAAUCCAACGAUGUGCCCUGCUCUGCCUUGGCAAGGGAUGACAGCAACCUGUCAUCUGCCUCUGGCAAAAAGAAAAGUACCAAGCGUGUCGUCACGGGUUACUUGCUGUUUUCAAGUGAAAUCCGCAAGUCAAUAGUGCAGUCCAACCCUGACCGCUCUUUUGGAGACAUCAGUCGUCUUGUGGGCAAUGAGUGGCGCAACCUGCAGGCGCCACAGAAGGCCGACUACGAGGAGCGGGCAUCUCGCCUCAAUGUCAGCCAGGAGGACACCAAUGACAGCCUUCCCCAGAGCCCAGCCUCCUCAUCGACCCACGCUAUGGGUGGGGGAGCAGGGGGAGGAGAGAGCAGCCGCGAUGCCACGCGUUCCCUGUCAUCCACGGGGAGCAUGACGCCUGCACCCGGUGAUUUUGCCACCCUCUCGACCACAGUGUAUGAAUGUCAGUGGGACGGUUGUGAUGCAAGCUACGACAACCAGCAGGACCUGGUGGACCAUUUGGCCCAGGACCCCAAUGGACAGGUGUACCAGUCCUAUUUGGGGUUCAAGGGUAAGCACAAUAACGAGUUCCAGUGCCUCUGGGCAAACUGUCCACGUGUCAAGAAACAAGUCCCACCGUUCCCGAACAUUCAGAAGCUGCUGCGACACGUGAGGGAGGUUCACGUCAAGGUCGCCGGGCGCAUAGUCAUGCCCGAAGCGAAGAACAGGAAUAUGAUGCUCUCCAGGAAAAACCUUGGCUCGCCAGCCACGGCAGCGGGUGUGCCUUAUUCUACGCCGCCUCCUGUAGCGUCGCCCGCACCCAUGGCAGGGGCCCCCCACCAUGCCCUACCCCCACACCACCAUUAUGGGUCCUCUCCCAUGCACCCGAUGAUGGCUCAGCAGGGCUACCCAGGGCCGUUCACCCCGCCCCACCACUACUACAUGCCGCUGCAGCCACACCCCUCUCAGGCUCCUGGAUUGCCGCCACCGCCUCCAGAGCGGACCCUGGAACCAAUCUUUGUGGCCCCACCUCCUCACCCGCACAAACUUCUUCAUACUUACGCAUACAUCAGGUACAUCGAAAACUUGCAACCUGACAGCAAACACGUGACCAACUGGGAUGCCCAGCUCAAAGCCACCAAGGAGAAUACGCCCAUCUAUGACACUAGCCGCCUGCCCACCCACUGGCUGGGCAAUGGCGUUGGAAGCCAUGGCAAUGCUGUAAAUGCUCUCUGGGCCUUGCGUGACUUCAUGCUCCGGGAUGCCCUUGGAGUAGCUCGCAUCUCCUAGAAGUGCCCACUGUGUUUGGAAUUUGCUGUGCGAGCACAUUCACUCCCAUACCUGCGUAAUGACUUUCAUGUUGUAUGCUCAGAGACACCACAACUUGGGAGUCUUGUGGCCUUCAUUUUGUAAUUCCAAAUCAUCUCACUACUUUUUUUAUUGUUUUUCCUUGUGGGGCUUGCAUUAAUUGCAUCGUGCAGUUGCUUUCUUUAUAUGAAAGAGAAGUUUGAAGCAUUUCUGGUUUUAUAGAUUCAGUAUUUUCCAUCAGAAAGGUGGACGUUUGCCCCUAUGACUUGUAAGACCGGCCCUUUCACGUGAUUCAUUUGAGCUAUUUUUGUCACUCUAAGGGUGCUAAAGCUUAGUUUAUAAGAGCACAUUGUAGACUUUCCUAGUUGUGGCUGUGCUUUUUUUUUCCUUUCUUUAAUGCUUUGAGCAUUUUCCAAUUGCACAUUUUUACACUGCAAGCUGAUAUUUGUCCCUUCAAUUAAUGUGAAUUUUUCUUAGGCUUGCUGCACUUAGUUACAUACUUUUAACCAUUUCAUACAUAAUAUGUACAUGUUGUGCUUGAUUUUAAAUGCUCUAGGUCCCUGCAUUUCUUGUGGGCAUAUUGGUUUGAGUAUCUUUCCAAUCGUGCGGUGUGUCACACAACUGGCGACUUAGUGCAACUUCAUGUGCAGUCAGAUACAUUUUGUGGCUGCCUCUUAGUUUUUUUUUUUUCUGUAGUGCAAUAUGUCUUUGUGCAAAGAUUCUAAACACCAGUUUCAAGCAAGAUAUUCCAACUUAUGUCAAAAUUUCAAGUUGCACAUAUAUUGCAGUAAGCAAUUGUAAUGGCUUUUUUUAUUAUUAUUAUUUACCUCCUUUUUUUUUCUUGUAGAAUGACUGUUGUUCUUUAUUUAUUGACAUGAUUUAUUCAACAAAUCUUGUACAUUUUAAUGCACGGGCUGGGAUGCUUGCACGUUUGUAGCUGGAAAAGUUGAUGCAGGUGUUUUGCUUUUGGGUUGCCAAGUGUUGCAUGCAUUUAAUAGAAAUGUGAAGUGACUGAGCUUUGUCAGCACAUUGUUCUCAAAAAGUGUGUGCUCUUCAUCACGUCAAGCUGCCCAAGACUGUGUGGUGGGAUCUGUGAGUAUUUGUAGCUGUCAGUGUGUGCAGGUCUGUUACGUGUGUUGAUGAAAACGUGAUUUUUCUUCUGUGUCUCACAACUCAUCAUCAUUCAGGACAGUGUUGUUUACUCGUGUGAUUGAAUUAAUUUGUCUGUAAAAAACAGGCACAAGGCCAACUUUGUAUACUUCUGUACGAAAACUUAGUGCUUUCUCUGAAUAAAUUGGAUUUUUGAUAAAUGUGA